AUGGCCAGUGAGGCUGAAGACGUUGAGUAUUCGUGCCUGGCGUUCGAUAUUCUCUCUCUCAUCUCUGCUGGACCAGACACCUUGAAAAAUCAAUGGUUCGUGGCACCUUUACUGAACCCUGAUGGAUAUGAAUUCUCUAGAACUCAUGACAGAUUGUGGAAGAAGAACCGAUCACCAUAAACAAAUAGCGACCGUUGGGAGAUUUGCACUGGAGUUGAUAUAAAUAGGAAUUUUGGAUACCAUUGGGGAGAAGAGAGAAAAGGACAAUUGCCAUGUACAGAGGAUUAUCAUGGAGAAAAAGCUUUUUCGGAAUAGGAAACAAAAGUUGUGAGCCUGCACACAUACGGACAGAUGAUAACCUAUCCCUGGAGCAACACCGGAGAACGACGAAAAACUUUUACGUGUGUUAACAGCAUUGCACAGCGAAUGUCAAUGUAUAUGAAAGCGGCUAACCGGCGCGUCUAUCGGUACGGACAAUCCCACGAAAUUUCAUACCCAUCUUCAGGUACUUUUACUGACUGGGUUGUUGGAGGUUUGUUACUAAAUUUGGCUUACGUUAUAGAGCUCCCUGGCGAAGGUGGCAGAAUGUUUUUGGCUUCCCCGACCGACAUCAUGCCUACUGCUAAAGAAGUGCUUUUUGCUUUGAAUCCUCUGUAGGCGGCAAUGUACGCGCCACCCUGUGAUCCCCCAAGAUUUGAUUUUGAAAAAAAUUCUUGGAGAACGUUAAUCAACGACGCAUUGAAAUAAAAGGAAACUGCUAAAAAUUCGUGGCUUGGCUUGGGUGACACCGAAAUGAUAAUGGAAGAUGCUGUUGAUGGGUUGAUGUCUAGGGACAGAAAAUUACGUAUACACGACGAACCAGUGACCAUACAAGAGAGCUUUUCAAGAAAUAAACCUUCUGUUCAUAAUAUUCAAAUUGUUACCGAGACCCCACAUGGAAGAUACAAAAUGAGAAACUUUACUUCUAAACUUGGUAACCAUAUUUUGAUUUGCUUUAAUUGCACCAAUUUUAUUGACAAUAGUCACGACAGUGCAACUUAAUCACAAUAAAGAUUGCAUGACGUUCCAUCUAAUGAAAAAUCUAACAAAAAUAAAAAGGGCGUGAAAAAAACGGAAGAAAAGAAAGUUUCGCAGUACAAAUUUUAAAAGGAAGAAGUUACGACGAAAGUGACAAAACGCAAGGAGACAGUCAAAUAAAAAUUCUCCAAUCACACAAAGGAACCUGUUAAAGGAGCCGGUCAUACUGAUUUGCACUCAAGUUUGGGUUCGCAGUCAAUGAUGCAGAAUGAAAAGCCGGGCU